AUGGCUUUGACCGAAAAAGGCAAAAGAGCAGGCAAGACCACUCGUGCACAAUAUCAGAUAUACCUUGAUGAACUCCAGACAAAUAAUUUCUCAGAGAGUCAAAAUUUGAUGCCUCUGACCCAGAUAUUUUAAAAAGAACUUGGGAAGAAUUAUCUGUGAAAUUGAAUGCAUCAGGGGGCCCAAUUAGAGAGGUUGCUGGCUGGAAAAAGGGUUUUCACUGACUGGAGGAGCCAGGUACGAGGCAAGGCUCGAAAAAUAAAAUGUGCCAUGGUAGAAACGGGUAACGCUGGAGAUCCACCGAAAUCAUUGACAGAUUUAGAAGAAAGACUACUAGAAAUUACCGGGAAAGUUGUAGUUGAUGGAAUGAGUGGUGUUCCAGAAAUUGGCCUUGAAGUAAUUGUCCCAAGUGAUGAGGAAAGGGAGGUACCAGAUGAAGACGGUAAGCAGUCGGUAGCCAAGGAUAAAGAAAAUAUCCCCAGCUGCUCUUCUCAAAUACCCAGAAGCAUGAGCCACCCACCAAAAAACGUCGGACCCUCACGGAACUUUGAGGGACAUGAUGAGUCAACCUCUGGAAGAUAAGAAUAUUUUGAAGCAGAUAUCCACAGACCUAAGGAAACUUCGAAAAAUCGAAGCAGCAAAGUUAAAAUUACGUGCAAUGGAACUGGAAAUACAGUACCCCCGACUAUACAUUUGUGGUUGAGUCAUCAGACUCUGAAUAA